AUGGGUUUGGAGAAGCAUCUUGUAUGGAAGAGAGUUAUUAAGAAAAAGUGCAAAGUGGAGCAUCGGAGAUGGUUCCAAAGUAAACAUAUGGAAAGACAAUUGGAUUACUGGGAGGAGCAAGCCUCUUAUGCAAACAGCACAGAUGACUCGAAAGUAAAGGAUCUCAUUGUGAAUGGGGAAGGGUGGAAUAAAGGAAUGAUCGAGUUUAUGUUUUUCCAAGAAAUUUGCAAAGAGAUUCUAAACACCCCUGCUAGGACAACAUGGUUCGGAGCGGAAUGUCAAUGGACCCCAACAGUUGAGACAGUCAGUUCAAUUGAAAAUUGGUUAGUGGAAUGCAUAAGAAAUGUGAGAGCAGGAGGUGGAGAGGAGCAGAAGAAGAGAAUCAGCAAGUUAGGAUUUCUCAUGUGGGAGAUAUGGAAAACGAGAAACAGUAAGCUGUUUCAACAAGAGGAAGUAAACCAUAGUUGGACAAUCAACAAGGCAAAAGCACUAGAGGCAACAUACUGGAAACUAUCAGAAAAACAGCAAUCACAGAAAACAGAAGCCAAUAGGAGCAAAACUAACCUGGUGAAAUGGAGACCUCCCCCUCAGAACUGGCUGAAAGCAAAUGUUGAUGCAACCUUAAGAAAGGAUACUGAAACAGGUGCAAUAGCUGCGGUUAUCAGAGACAGUAAGGGAAGGAUUAUUUUAGGCUUCUCAGGAAAGAUUCAAGCUAAAUCUAGUACUGUGGCAGAAGCCCAGGCAAUAAGACAAGCAUUAAUCAUAGUGAACAAUCUACAAAUGGGUAGAACUCUAAUAGAAUCUGACAACUUAAAGCUCGUUCAAGUAAUCAAAUCUAAGACAACAUUGGCAGAGGCAAUGGCCAUAAUCCAAGACAUUCAAAUUUUAAUGUAG